UUAUUUUCGCGUCAGUUAAGAGUAGCAAUGUCGAUUUACAAAAAUGAUAAUUAUGAACUCUACGAUUGUGAACCAACUAUUGCAUUCAUGGAGAAAGUGGAUAAUUUAAUAAAAGCAAUGAGCUCUCGAACACCUGAAAAUGCUUUACGGAAAAACGCUGAUUGUCCGAUGAGAAAGGCCAUUAUUGAUUUUGACCAGUAUCUUCGUGAUUGGGAAAAGAAAGCUAAUGAAGAGAAACUUAAAAAGAAACGUAACAAGAAAAAGUCUAACGUGGAGAAUACUGAUGAUUUCGCAGAAGAAUUUGAUUUUCCUAUCACAACUAGUACGUUAACUGGCUUUAAAAUUACGUUAGGAACCACUCUAGAAUUAUCAAAGUUCUUGUAUGAUAAGUGUAAUUAUAAUUAUCUAAUGACAUCACGUUUAAAUCAAGAUUCUUUUGAGAAAUUCUAUGGUAUCAUG